ACCCUUGGUAUAUUAUGUUAUAGUAUGGCAAAAGAGAAAAUAACAUUUAGAAGGAGAUCAAUGGAGUCAAAUGAACUGAGCUAUAAGUAUAUAUAUCCAUAACUACACAGAGAUUUAAGUACCAAAGGAGAAAUGACUAAGCUUUUAUUUGUUUACGCUUUAUCAGAAGUGUGACUUUUUUGGCUUAUCUAUUUCGAAUUCUCCAUGCCUCCGUCUCUGCUAGAUGAAAGGGUUGUAGUGGCACUAGCAAGGCCAACAAGACCUCAGGAACUGAAACUCUGCUUGGAUUCUUGCUUCCUCGAAUCUGCCUCUUUUACUGGUAAUAGCUGCAAUAACUUCAUCAGUACUAAACUGGUAUCGAUUACAUCUUGUAAUCUCACGUAUAUGCCCUCAUCUAACAGCUCUACACGGUCUUUGUCUUGUGGAUGUAGUAGCGCUAGCUGUUGCAGUGUGGCAGCGUACGAAAACGACAGUCAGGCUCAGACUCAACUAACUACUAGUAGUAGUGGCCUAAGUGCUGAAAUAGUAGCCUCUGCUGCGGGGUCUUCCAACCAAAUGGUCAACAACAAUGACAGAAGUAUAGAAGUAAGUGCAUCCACUGGCACUGAGAGUCCAUCUUCUAAUAUAAGGACCAUAUUUCCUGGUGAGUUGGCAAAGAAAAUGACUAAGUGCAGUAAAGGCCUCCAGCAAAGCCAAGGACCUGUUAUUAUUGAUUGUAGACCUUUCAUGGAAUACAAUAAAAGUCAUAUUCAGGGUGCAUUUCAUAUCAAUUGCUCUGAUAAAAUUAGUAGAAGGAGACUACAGCAGGGCAAGAUCACAGUUUUGGACUUAAUCUCCUGCAGGGAAGGGAAGGACUCCUUCAAGAGGAUAUUUUCUAAAGAGAUAGUAGUGUAUGACGAAAACACAAAUGAACCAAAUCGUGUAUUGCCUUCGCAGCCUCUUCAUUUAGUGCUUGAAUCUCUCAGAAGAGAAGGAAAAGAGGCUCUCGUUUUGAAAGGUGGACACAGCAGUUUCCGGCAGAACCAUGAAAACCUCUGUGACCAGUCCCUUCAAAUCCAAGAGCACCCAGAGACUAGUGGUGCUUCGGCUGCAUGCAGCACACUACCUCCACCCGUCCCAGCUACACCUGAUAUCGAAAACACUGAGCUAACAAAAAUCCUGCCAUUUCUCUUUCUUGGAAAUGAACACGAUGCUCAGGACGUAGAAAAGAUGCGCGUGAUGAACAUUGGCUACAUCAUCAAUGUCACUACCCACCUCCCUCUGUACCAUUAUGACGAAGGCACCUUCAAGUACAAAAGGUUACCGGCCACAGACAGCAACAAGCAGAACCUUCGACAGUACUUUGAAGAGGCUUUUGAGUUCAUUGAGGAAGCUCAUCAGGUUGGAAAAGGGCUACUUAUUCACUGCCAAGCUGGAGUCUCUAGAUCUGCUACAAUUGUCAUCGCCUAUUUGAUGAAACACACUAGGAUGACCAUGACAGAUGCUUAUAAAUUUGUUAAGGGAAAGCGACCAAUCAUCUCUCCCAAUCUUAACUUUAUGGGACAGUUGCUCGAGUUUGAAGAAGACCUAAAUAAAGGGAUUACACCUAGAAUUCUCAGACCAAAGUUAAUUGGAGUAGAAACCGUGGUAUAAGGUGCACUGAUUAAAACAACAGGUGCUUGACUCAUUUUGUAAUAGAACAGCAUUUACUUAAGAGGCUGAUAUGAUCUGUUGGUGCUUUGCAGCACGUUCUGUGAAUGAAACCUAAGCAAAAGGUUACUAUAAAGGAAAGAUUCAAAGAAAAAAAUCAUUUUCUUGAGCCAUCGAGUAUCACUGUGGUAAAAUUGACUUGAAGGGUGUGAGAACAGCGAUGCUUUAAAGGAUGUGGCUUUUGGGUACUUUGUGGAGUGUGUGUUAGUGUGGCUGCUAGUCUGUGCAGGUUCAUAGACCAAAUGAUGCUGUGAUAAUGAUUAUCCCAAAUAACACAUGCAGGGAGUUAAAAAUGAAUCAAACAUCUGUCUACUGAAAAAUAUAAUUGGGCCUUAAUGUUGCAAACCUAAGUUGGAAAACACUGGUGCCAAGAAUACAGAACCUGAAGAUGAGCUUUAAGAUGUGAAAGACGUCAUAAGUGCUGAAAAAGUGUGCCAUGUUCUAGUUCUAUUUUUCUAUUGUGAUGAAACUUUUGGGGUUCGUUAAUAAGGAUUAUAACUGUUACAUGCCCUCUGUGGCUUAUAGUGCAAUAAUUUUGUUUCUGAGUGUGAAAAAAAACAUGUUAAUGCUUAAUGCAGUCUUGACUGGUUGAAUCAGAAACAUGCUAGCUUAGAAGGUUUAACAAGAAACAAUUUAUUUUUGUGUUCCUCUUUCCUGACCCUGAGUAAUGUGCCAUAGAAAAUUAUACAGUUGUAUGUCACAAUGUAAAAACGGUAUUUAAAUAUUUUCGCACAACAUAUUGGUGUGUUACUGUCUCUACAAAGUUUGUUUUGAUUAUAAAAUCAAGUAAUUAUGUUGUUGUUUGUGUUUUCUUUUAUUUCAUUUGCUUUUUUGUUAUUCUUUCAUCGCAUUGUUUCUUCUCAAAAUAUCAUACUGAAAUGGUUACACUGUUCUGCGUGUUAAUACAGUAGUUGUGUACUUUACUCAGUCCAGUCACAUUUCUGUGUUGACACCUUUGUAGAUUAGCCAUUAGACCACUCUGUCACUUUAAAUGUCCAGUGUGCUUUUUAUGUACUCAUUCCAUGAGAAGCUGUAAACAUGUCUGUGACCACCAGCCCACUGUUUUUCAUAUUUAUCCCAAACACUCUCGGGAAUAACAUAACCCUUCACUUGUUGAGCCGGUAUUAUUAGACCACAUCUUGAAUUUCAGGAUACUUUGACUUGCUGACAAAUUUAGAACACCAAGUGGGUAAAUCUGCAAUACUGUGCAGCGCAGUUAUUAAAGGGUACUGAUGAAAUCACAAACUAUGUGAACUCAGUUUAAGUGGCUUGGGAUAGCUUCACCAUCCAGGGUAAAAACAGAUCUCAGCUUUGUAUGGUUAUUUCAUCUGUUCUGAUGAACUUUUUAAUGUUUUGUAAAGCCAUGUAGGACUUUUAUCAGCUUGUUUCAAAGAUUAGCAUGCAUAACUGAAACUCAUCACAUACAUGAGUACAAGUAAAACUGUAAUAUUACAUUGUGCCUAAUAGCACAGCCACAAUUUUAGGCAGAUUGCUUAAGGGCUGUUCUGAGCUAUUCAGCUGUAAUUCAUUUGGCUUAUAUUUAAACCGGCUUUCUACUAUGCAAAGCAACAUGAGGCUGCCAUAUAGAGCAGAUGGCUGAAAUGUUGGCCAUGUAGAGCUCUGGUGUAUCACGGAAUACAGAAAGAAUAACGUUUUAAUCCAAGCUGUUAAUUAUUCUGUAUAUUACAGUCUGUAUUUCUAAAUAAUGAAAACCCAUUAUUUGAAUGGCUCACCUGUGAAGUCUGUAUGCUGUACACAACAACAGAUGCAUAUUCUCCAUUGAGUUUUGUUCCCUUUUUGGCAGCCAGUUAUAACUUGCACUCACUUUGCUCUUUAUCAUUAUAUGGCCAUUCAACAGACAUCACAUUUGGAAAUGGCUCAGGAUGAAUAUUUAAGCUUUUAUAUCUUCUUCAUGCAAAAGUAUCUGUUGGGAAGCAUUGCUCUUUUAUCAGCCAUCUACAACACAAAAUGUGCUUUGAAUAAUAUAAAUGGCUGACUGUGUGCAGCAUGUUGUAAACAGUAGUCAUCAGAACUAUCUCAGGGAUUACAGUUCAUCCUCAAUCUGUAAAUAUAUUUAUUCUUUUUAUACUGUGAAAAAAAAUGACUGUGGUCACUCAUGAUUUAUUUUAAAGGACUGCACAAAUUUUCCAUAGUGUGAAGGUGCUGAGAACCCCAAAGCUAAUAUAUUUUUAAGAUGCAAUAAAUAUUCUAGUGUUAAUCCUUAGCAUUAUGCAGACUUAAUGAAAUGUUGUGAACUGCAACAGUCCAUGAAUAACAUACACAGACAGAUUGGAACACAGUUACAUGAAAUUGCAAUGUUUGUCAGGUGUCUAUUCACUGCUGUACUAGUCUUCAUAGCAGUUUAUCAGUUAAUUGUCUGCAUUCAUUAUAUUUAUGUUGGUUAACUGAAUAUUGCUGCUACUAGUAUCAGUUCAUUAACAUUUGUCUGUUAUUGGUUCAAAGGCUGGAAACAAUUCAUUCAGCAGUUACCAGAAUGGUAAACAUAGUUCUGGUGUGGCAAGAUUUUACUGCUGUGUCUUUAAGGGCUGCACAUAUUUGUCUGCAUCUAACAUACAAAGAGAACACUUGUUUAAAGAAAUUACGCCAAAAGAUGUCAGUAGGUAUUCUCUUAAGAAGAAUGAUGUUAUCAUGUAGAUAUGUUAAAGCUGUCUGGGUCUGAGCUGACUAAUACUAUAUUAUACCAAAUUACUUCUAACAAAUAUUCCACUGAAAACCAUUGAUUCGUGCAUUUUUUUGAGAUAUUCUUUUCAUGGGAGUAAGCUUAGAUGUAGUGAAUAAAACAGCUUGGAUCAGA